CGAGGUUGGCUACCUCAAGAGUAACGUAAUAGCUGGUAUCGUUAUCUCUAAGAAUGCCAUUGCGACCAAUGAGUCCAGACUUGACAUUCAAUCAGUUACUUGCUGCGACUACAUUGAGGAGUUACUUGGAUUCAGCUCUGAUGUUAUCUCGCAGUAUUGCACACGCACCACACCCAAUCUUUCCAGCGCUUACAUUGUAGCCUCUUUUGGGGUAACUUCGAAUCCCGGGCCUGUUUUCUAUAUGGCCGACCGAAGCACUGGCGACGUGGGUAACAGAUUUGAUAUUGCAGCUAUCACCACUAUGCAAAAGAGAUGGUUAGGCCUCCGUAGCAGUUACUAAAGCAGUACCACCGCCACCCUCUUCCCCAAGGACCAAUAGGCGAGAUGGAUGAACUUGCAUGAGAAUGAUAGAAACGCCACAAUGAAACGCUCAUGGUCUAUUUGGGACCGAAAGCCGGCUGGCCUUUCAGGAAUAAUAUGUGCCCAGUUCCCCCCGUCCAUGUCAGGCUCAAUAUCCUUCUCACGCAUACCUUACACACUUACCUCCGUACUAGCACUCCUGAGAGUCUUGUCAAUAUGAUGUGGCCGGACUUGUUCACCUCUUUAUACCCCCUUUUAUUGCCAACAGUUCUCCUUAUCGCGUGCGCCAUAGGAGCAUAUGGAUAUCUCUUCCGUUAUGUUACAUCACGCCGUGAGCCGCGGGAAAACAUGGACAGGAUUAAUGUCUAUGCUGAUUACGACGAAGUGCACCUGGAUAUAGUAGCUGUUCACGGCCUGGGAGCGCAUCCAUAUUAUAGCUGGAAGGGCAAAGGACCCCUUUCUAGCUCUGCCGCCGGAGAGUCACAAGGGCACGAUGACUUCUUGAAGAAAGACUUUAAGAACGUCAGAAUCCUCUCCUAUGCUUAUAAUGCCGAUUGGUUCAUGGACGCCUCGCUGUCGACAGCGUCGCAGAAGGCUCUGACGUUUCUGAGAGCACUAUCAGAGUUCAGGAAGAAUACGAAGAAAAACCCCCCUAUUCUCUUCAUCGGCCACAGCUUCGGUGGGAUCAUCGUAAAACACGCUAUUUGCUUCGCGCACUCCGAGUUGUGCUUCGAAGACGUUAAUCGUAAUACCGCUGGCAUUCUCUUUUUGGGAACUCCUCACCAAGGUUCCCUUGUUUCUUCGUUUGGCAAAAUCAUUGCCCGACAUACCAAACUCUCUGGGUCUAAUGCUAUGUUGUUGAAACUGUUGAGUUACGGCAGUCCCGCAUUGUUAAACUUAAAGAGUGAUUUCUCUGCAGCUAUAACGCCCAGGCCUGGUCAAAAACUACUACCAGUGUACUCAUUUUAUGAAACUCUACCCACGUUUUAUUGCGGUGUAUCGCUUGGUGUGAUCGUAGGGCCUCAAUCAGCUACUCUUGAUAUUGGACAGCAUAUAUCAGUUGAGACGGAUCAUUCUGGUUUGAAUAAAUGCAAGGCAAAAACUGAUCAACUUUACGUAAAAAUCUCCUCAGCUAUACGAGAUGUCCAAUCCUGUCUGCAGCAAGAGUCUAAGCCAAUUGCCGAAUGGAUCAUGGGGUCAAAGGACCAUGCUCAAAUUUACAAGCAUCAAAUGGAUCACGAACGAGCGAGAGGCAAAGUCCGUGCCUAUGGUGAUAUAGGCGAGUGGCUCAUCGAAUCGCCAGAAUUUAAGACCUGGAGCGAUGUUGAAGAUUAUACUCGACCAAUAUUUUGGCUACGCGGUGGUGGUGAGUGAGAAUACAACCGAAGGUUCAAUGUAUCAGUGUGUUAAUACUUGGCAUGCAGUUGGCACAGGCAAAACAUCCGUAAGGUUGGUACCUACUACCCUCCUCUUCCCCCCCGAAUUACCUUCCCAUGUCUU